AUGGGGUCACUUAUCACAAAAACUGCUUCAGAUGCAGUCAUUGCAAUGGCCUUCUCGCGGUACGUUGAUUUGUUUGGUUUUGCAUUUUUGUUUAUAAGCAACUACUCCUCCGGCGAUGGAGUUCUAUACUGCAAGGCGCAUUAUGAGCAACUUUUCAGGGAAACAGGCUCCUACCCUAAGAAAAGCCAGUGUGCACAUGGAGGGUGUUUCCUGACCCCUUCAACCUAUGCUGCUCUUGAUGGAUAUCUAUACUGCAAGCCACACUUCUCUCAGUUGUUCAAGGAGAAGGGUAGCUACAGUUAUCUGUCCAAGCAAGCUUCACUGAAGAGAAGUGAAAUGCAACAAGAACAAGAGGCUGUGCCUGUGGAGAAUCAGAAAACUGAUGCUGAUCGCUCAGAGUCAGAGGCUGAGGCAGAGCCAGAGCCAGAGCCAGAGACAAAGGAAGCUGAACAAGCUGAUGAGGAACAGCACCCUGAGCAAGAUCACUAG